CAGGAAGUGUACAGUGUUGGAGCCUAUGAGUGACAGGGAGGUCCCACAACCGGAUGAUAGGAUCUUGCGAUCGACAAGACACCUGAUAGCCCACUUGGCCUUAGGACCAGAGGGCGACAGGUUGCUGUUCAACCAGCUUAUGGAGAGACAGCAGCAGCAGCGGAGAGCUAGGGCAGCAGAGGCCAGCAGGGCAUUCGCAAGUGAAGCCGCUGCUUCAGCAGCCAUGGCAACUGCUGCGCAGCAGAGUUCCCAGGCUAGCAGUCAAGUACCUGUAGGGUCAACGGUCGUGCAGACCCAGAGUCAGUCCACUGGCGUGAUGGCAAGCAACCCUAUAGUGUUGACCUCCGAGGAGGUUGCCAUACAGAGAGCAGCUAUUCGUGAGGCACAGCUACAGCAGGCGAUAGGGGAGAUUAAGGUAGAGAAAGAGAACAUGAUUAGAGGAAGAUCCAGGAUGCAGCGGAGAGAAGCGGACAUUAGUGAGUUAGAGAGAAUGAACCUGACACAUAUGGAUGCAGAUGUGAGGACGUUGCGGACAACCCUGCUAAGUGUUGUAGAAAUGCAGGACCACCACACGACCCUCCUUCAGGACGUUCAGCAGAGUCUGGCCGUUCUGGUCGGGUGUGCGCAAGCAGCUCCAUCACCUUCCGGGCCCGGUGCGUGGCCCGUUCUACAGCCUCCUCCUUUUGUCUCACCAGUGACUGGAGUAUCCCCAUAUGUCACUCCAGCAUCGGGCCAAGCCGCUUCCCUAGGCAUGCCCUUGGCAGGAGGGUUCUCAACUGGUCCUAGUGUGCAGAUUCCUGUACAGAAAGUGCUUUCCCAACCUCCGUCGCAGGUUGUCGUAAGCGGGCAACCUGUUGUCUCGCAGUCUACACAGCCGCAGGGUACACAGGCGCAGCGUACACAGCCCCAGCAGCAGAUAGUGCAACAGCUUGGUCCCCAAGAUCCACAGCCUGGAGUGGGACAGGUGAUGGGACAAAGUCAGUGGGUUCCAAAGACGGCCAUCGCUGCUCCUAAGCCCUUCACAGGGGACAAGAGGGGCGAAGACCUCGACACAUGGUUGAGCUCAGUGCCGGCCUACGUCAAGUGUAAACUUACCUUGCCACACGAGGAAGUGCUUGUGGCUGCCUCCUAUCUAGAGGGGAGUGCAGCAAGAUGGUUGAGUGGUUUAGUGCAGUUACAGGGAUACGUCCACGACUUUCGCGCUUGGGCGGUCAACCAGAAACUGGAUGACGUCCUCAAGUACGGUCUGUACGAGUUUGUGGUGAUGCCUUUCGGCCUCUUCAAUGCUCCUGGCACCUUUCAGCAUGCUAUGAAUCGGAUCUUUCAUGACUACUUGGAUAAGUUUGUCAUCGUGUACCUCGAUGACAUACUUAUUUUUAGUAGGACUGUCGAGGAGCAUGUUGCGCACUUAGACAAAGUCCUCAGUCUCCUUCGGCAACACAAGUUCAAGAUCAACGGGGAGAAAUGCGAGUUUGGUCGCACCCGGAUCUUGUACUUGGGUCAUGAUAUUUUUGCGGAGGGUUUGAAGCCCGAUGACGUGAAGGUGGCCAACAUUCGUGACUGGCCGCGUCCUCAGUCUGUGACUGAGAUGAGGUCCUUCUUAGGGAUGACCGGCUACUAUCGCAACUUUGUGAAGAACUAUAGCAUAGUCGCCACCCCUUUGACGGACCUGACUCACCUUGACACCCCAUGGGAGUCGACAAAUAGGUGUGAGGCUGCUUUCAGACAUCUGAACCAUGCACUGACGCAUCAUGAGGUCUUGAAACUUCCUGAUCCUGACAAGCCGUUUAUAGUAACCAUGGAUGCUAGCCAAUAUGGCAUAGGCGCCAUGCUCGUGCAGCAGGAGGGGCCAAAGUUGAGGCCAGUCGAGUACAUGUCCAAGAAGAUGCCCUCUCAGAAGUUGGCUAAGUCCACUUAUGAGAAAGAGCUUUACGCGAUUUACAAGGCACUGACCCAUUGGAGACAUUACCUCCUUGGGAGGUUCUUCAUCGUCAGGACCGAUCAUCAGACCCUAAAGUGGAUGAGAACCCAGCUUGUACUUUCUGAUGCCUUGAAGCGCUGGAUCAAAGUCAUUGAACACUAUGACUUCGGACCCCAGUAUCUGAAGUGGGAGUCCAAUAAAGUUGUUGAUGCCUUAUCACGUAGGCCUGAUUUCUCUCGUGCGCUGAUUACUGAGUUCGGGCUUGCAGACGAUGUCACUCGUUCUAUGCUGGAAGCCUAUCCCGAGGAUGCGUUUAUGUCUGAGAUCAUGCGCAGACUCGAGGCGAGGGACAAAGUGACUUCUGUCGAAUUUGAGUUGGUCAACGACUUGCCGUUCCUUGAGAAGGCCGGGAAUAAACGUUUGUGUGUGCCUAGUCGAGAGUCUUUGCGUAGUUUAUUUUUAGGAGAGUGUCAUGACGCCAUAGGACAUGUUGGAUAUAAGAAGACUGCAGCCAAUCUACUGCAGCAGUUCUGGUGGCCCACGAUGAUGAGAGAUGCCAAGCUGUACGUGGAGACUUGUCAUGUCUGUCAAAGAGACAAGCCACGUACACAGGCCCCUCUUGGGCUUCUCAAGCCCCUUCCGAUGCCGGAAAGGCCCGGUGAGAGCCUUUCCAUGGACUUCAUGGACACGCUGGUCACCACCAAGGGUGGAAUGAGACACAUCUUCGUUACCGUGGAUAGGUUUAGUAAGUACGCUAGGUUAGUUGUAAUGCCAGAGACAACAAAGACCGAGUACGUCAUUACGCUGUUUAAGGAAAACUGGGUCAAAGACUUUGGCCUGCCAAAGUCUAUUGCGGUGGAACAGAUGCACAAGGCACAGGCGGCGAUGAUAGAAUCAGAGAACAAGCACCACCGCCCAUCAACAUUCCAGAUAGGGGAUAUGGUCUGGGUUAAGUCUUCAGAACUGGGACAGGAGCACGGGAUCUCCCGCAAGCUCAUGCCACAAAAUUUUGGACCCUGGGAGGUUCUGGAUAUAGUCAGAGAUGAUCAGGAUGGUCCGUCAUAUGUAGUUCAGAUCCCUGGUCACCUUCGCACUUACCCUGUUUUUCACGCUUUCAAGCUUGCACCAUUCAAGGAAACUGACCAGUUCCCCUCGCGACGCUCAAUUCUGCCCCCAACCAUGGACGGAGAAGUCGACAUCGAUGACAUCGUGGACCACAGGGAAAUGCCGGCUCCAAGACCUUCAGGCAGGGGACGUCCUCCGAAGCCGAAGCUGCAGUACCGCGUUCGGUUCAAACACCAUACUGAUCCAAAGGAGGAUAGAUGGUUCACUCGGGAGGAACUAAUGCAGACCGCUCCACAUGUUGUCGCCCACUACGAGAAGUUGUGGGGGCCAAAGUUGAGGCCAGUUGAGUACAUGUCCAAGAAGAUGCCCUCUCAAAAGUUGGCUAAGUCCACUUAUGAGAAAGAGCUUUACACGAUUUACAAGGCACUGACCCAUUGGAGACAUUACCUCCUUAGGAGGUUCUUCAUCGUCACGACUGAUCAUCAGACCUUGAAGUGGAUGAGAACCCAGCCAGUACUUUAUGAUGCCUUGAAGCGCUGGAUCGAAGUCGUUGAACAGUAUGACUUCAAACCCCAGUAUCUGAAGGGGAAGUACAAUAAAGUUGCUGAUGCCAUAUCACGUAGGCCUGAUUUCUCUCGUGCGCUGAUUACUCAGUUCGGGCUUGCAUAUGAUGUCACUCGUUCUAUGGUGGAAGCCUAUCGCGAGGAUCCGUUUAUGUCUGAGAUCAUCCGCAGACUCGAGGUGAAGGACAAAGUGACUUCUGCCGAGUUUGAGUUGGUCAACGGCUUGCUGUUCCUUGAGAAGGUCGGGAAUAAACCAGCGAGGGCAGCAGCGAACCUAGCAGCUAGAGAUCAGGCAGCAGCAGCCAGAGCAGCAGCAAUGGCUAACGGCGCAAGCUCUGCUUUGUCCUCUGCUGCAUCCUCGUCAGGGACCCUGUUGGGAAUGCCCUCAGGGCCCGCGGGUACUUCCGAAUCAAUAGGUGCUGGACAGUCCACAAGUCAAAUGGCGGGCUCGCAGUUAAGCCCGUUGACCCCACGCGGUAGGGAGCUUCUAGAGCUCCAACAGGUCGAAAGGAUCCGCGAGCGGUUAGAGAGGGAACUGAAGCAAGCAACCGAUAGAGAAAGAGAGAGAAAAAAUAGAGCAGCCAGGCUUGAUGCGUUAGAGGCAGACAAGGCUGCACUGGAGGGUUUGGAUGAGACAACAAUGUCUGGCCAAUUGAAAGUGUUGAAGAACAGCAUGCUGUCGCUGCAUGCGCAUGUGGACAGCAGACUAGACUUCAUGCAGAACUCUCUUGACCAGAUCUUAGACCUUUUGCAAAGGCCAGGAUUUAGGCCAGCAGCACAGUCGUCGUUGCCGUUACCGGCGAUGUCAGGCCCCUUUCCGGUACAAGCUGGCACGCAGCCAAGUGGUACGUCUGCAGCAGUCUCACAGACUGUUGCUUCUUCUUCUUUUGGGUCAGCGGUGGUUGCUACACCAUCACCGCAACAACCUGUUCCUCAACAGGGACAGCAGCAAGGUCAAUGGUACCCGAAGACCCCUAUGAAAGCGCCCCUUGCCUUCUCCGGAGAGAAGAAGGACGAGGAACUCAACACAUGGUUGAGAACGGUUCCAGUAUGGGUAAAGGCGAAGAGGACUUUGCAGGAGGAGGAGGUGAUUACUGCUGCAUCUAUCUUGAGGAUACCCUCCCCACUUCAUGAGAUGGCCAUAGCUAAUGACUCUUUAGUCACCCUGCAGACUCAUCCAGACCAAACUAUGCUUUGUACGUUGGAUGUGUCUGAAACCUUAGAAGAUUUGGAAAGUGAGUGGUCAAACAAGGACCCUCGCGAAUCUUGGGUGGCACUAAGGAAAGGUCCUAGAGGGGAACAUUUCGUAGUGGAAGUUGAUGUAGGAGGCCGCAAAUGUGGUGCCUUCAUAGACAUCGGCUCCACGCGGAACUAUAUACGUCGCGACUGUUUGGAAAGGCUGCGCCUACAGGACCGGGUACAACACCUUAGUAGACCAGUAGCAUCUACUUUGGCCAAUAAGGAGCGCAUGAUUGUCGCAGACUAUAUUAAGGAUGUAGUCUGCACCUUCUCCUAUGGAGGAGGGGAACUUAAUCACAAGAUUUCGUUCCUAAUUAGCGACGACUUACCAUUCGACAUGUUGUUAGGAAUGUACUACCUUGAGGUUGCCAAGCCCCAGUUUGACUGGGACAAGAAGGUGCUAAAGCAUAAGUUGCCUAGUGGAAGAACAGUGAGACUGACUAAGUUUAAAGCCAGUAGUAUAAUUGAUACCUAUGGCUGCUUGUGCGCAUCAACGUUCUACAACUACUACAAACAGAACCAAGAGGAGGGUAUGUACCUAGUGUAUGUCUCUGAGAAAGGGGUGGCCGUUAAAACACCCCCAGAGAUAGAACACGUUGUUGCUAAGUUCCCUGAUCUGUUCACGGAGCCUACAGGAGUCGUAGAAAGGGAGGUUGUCCACGCCAUAGAAAUCAUUCCAGGGAGUAAAACCCCAAAGGGAAGGAUCUAUAGGAUGCCUCCGUCCGAGUUGGAUGAACUUCGACGACAACUGAAAGAGCUGACAGAGAAGGGAUGGAUCCGACCGAGUACUUCCCCCUACGGAUCGCCAGUACUAUUUGUACCAAAGAAGGGGGGUACAUUGAGGACGUGCAUUGAUUAUAGAGGCCUCAAUGCCAUCACAGUGAAGAACGCAGAGCCUCUACCUCGCAUAGACGACCUAUUGGAUAGGGUGCAGGGAUGUAAGUACUAUAGUAAGAUAGACUUAAAGUCCAGCUACCAUCAAAUCGCAAUAAGAUCCGAGGAUCAGCACAAGACUGCUUUUCAGACCAGAUACGGUCUGUAUGAGUUUGUAGUGAUGCCCUUUGGUCUUUGCAAUGCGCCGGGUACAUUCCAGCACGCUAUGAAUAUGAUCUUUCAUGACCACUUAUAUAAGUUUGUCGUUGUCUACUUGGACGAUAUUCUUAUCUUCAGUAAGUCUGUCGAAGAGCAUGCACAACACAUUGAGACUGUACUCUCACUCUUGCGACAACACAAGUUUAAGGUCAACCUAGAGAAGUGUGAGUUCGGACGUACUAAGAUCUUAUAUUUGGGUCGUGAAGUAUCCGCGGAAGGGAUUAGGUCGGAAGAUGCGAAGGUGGCUAGUAUAAGGGACUGGCCACGACCUCAAACUGUUACCGAGGUCAGAUCUUUCUUAGGAAUGUGCGGCAAUUAUAGGAACUUUGUGAAAAAUUAUUCCACAGUCGCCUCUCCUUUGACAGAUCUAACUCGACUUGACACGCCGUGGGACUGGAGUGAUGAGUGCGAGGCUGCUUUCGAACGAUUGAAGCAUGCACUCAUGAAUCAUGAGGUUCUCAUGGUGCCCGAUCCUCAAAAGCCAUUCAUAGUGACCACUGACGCAAACCAAUAUGGCAUAGGCGCAGUGCUGGCUCAGCAGGAUGGGAAGAAGUUGAGACCGAUUGAGUACAUGAGCAAGAAAAUGCCAUCAAAGAAACUGGCAAAGUCCACCUACGAAAGGGAACUCUAUGCUCUUUACAAAGCACUUGUCCAUUGGAGGCACUUCCUGUUGGGACGGUUUUUCUACUUGAGAACUGACCAUCAGACCCUCAAAUGGAUCAAGACUCAACCGGCUCUCUCUGGUGCACUCAAGCGAUGGAUUGAGGUCAUAGAUCAGUAUGACUUCAAGCUAGAGUAUCUGAAGGGAGAGUACAACAAGGUUGCAGAUGCGCUGUCCCAUAGAGCAGACUACCUAGGGGCGCUAGUUUUUGAGUUUGGACAGAGUGUUUCCAUGGACUUCAUGGACACCCUGGUGACUAGUAAGAGUGGCAAGAGGCAUAUCUUUGUCAUCAUUGAUCGAUUCACCAAAUACGCUAGACUAAUUGCCAUGCCAGAGACCGCAAGGACUGACCACGUCAUCAAGUUGUUUAUGGACAACUGGGUGCGUGAUUUUGGUUUACCWAAGUCAAUUGUUAGUGACAGAGAUGUCCGCUUCACAAGUGAGCUGUGGAAGAAGACUGCUGAGCAGAUGGGCAGUCAACUUCAGAUGACUUCAGGGAAUCAUCCCGAAGCCAACGGACAGGCCGAGCAGAUGAACAAAGUUGUACAACACCUGCUGAGGCAUUACAUCAAGCCCAGCCAGGAUGACUGGGAUGAGAAGUUGCCUCUCAUCGCCAGCCUGUACAACAACGUUGUACACAGCAGUACCGGCGUUAGUCCUAACCAACUGCACUUGGGAUGGAAGCCUAGAUCAGCUCUGGACUUCUUCCUACCUGAAAACCGACCCUCUGCAACUCCAGGCACACUUGAGUACGGUGUGCAAUAUGAGAAGUUGCUGCAGCAAGCUGUCGAGCACAUCAAGAAAGCUCAGCAAGCAAUGAUUGCUUCUGAGAACAAACAUCGUCGACAGUCGUCAUUUCAGAUAGGGGAACGUGUCUGGGCCAAGGCUAGUGAUCUAGGACAGGAAUUCAGAAUCUCUCGCAAACUAAUGCCUCAGUAUUUUGGUCCAUGGGAAGUCCUGGAUAUAGUUGGGGAUGAGAUGGAUGAUCCUAUCUAUGUUAUCCGUAUCCCUGGUCAUCUGCGCACUCACCCUGUCUUUCAUGCCUCAAAGCUUGCACCUUUCGCUGAGAUAGAUCAAUUCCCUUCAAGGAGAUCGAUGCUGCCCCCAACCAUGGAUGGUCAAGUGCACAUUGACGACAUUGUGGAUCACAGAGAUCUGCCUGUUCCAAAGCCACUGGGUAGAGGAAGACCUCCAAAACCCAAGCGGGAGUAUCGCGUCCGAUUCAGGCAUCAUACAGAUCCGAAGGAAGAUCGGUGGUUCACCAGAGAGGAACUGAUUGACACAGCUCAAGUGGUGGCAGAUUAUGAGAGAAUGUUGAAAGGGAAGGCACCUGCGAAGAGAUCGCCAUACAGCGAGCAGCUGAUCGCGAGGCACAGCUACAACAGGCCUUGGGAGAGAUUAAGGCUGAGAAAGAGAGAAUAUAGGAGAAGAGCCAAGAUGCAGCGGAGGCAAGAGGAUGUUAGUGAGUUAGAGGAGAUGGACCCAACAGAGAUGGAGGAUGACGUGAGAACCAUACGGUCGGUCUUGUUAAGUGUAGUAGAGAUGCAAGAUCACCAGACAGAGAUCUUACAGGACAUCCAACAGAGUCUUGCUGUGUUAGUCGGGCGAAUGCAGGCGACACCAUCACCGUCCGGGCCAGGUGCCUGGCCCGUUGUACAUCCUCCUCCUUUUGUCCCAUCGGUGACUGGGGUAUCCCCAUAUACAGCUCCAACAUCGGUCCAGCCCGUUUCCCUGGGUAUGCCUUUGACAGGCGGGUUCUCAGCAGGUCCUAGUUUGCAGGUUCCUGUACAACCAGUGUAUUACCAACCUCCGUCGCAGAUUGCAGUUACAACGCAACCUGCUGUCUCGCAGUCUGUGCAGCCGCAGGGUACACAACCCCUGCAGCCAGUGCAACCACCUGCAUCUCAGGGUCCACAGCCCAGUGGGAUGCAGGGACCGGGACAAACCCAUUGGGUACCAAAGAUGGCCAUCGCCGCUCCUAAACCCUUCACAGGGGAUAAGAGGGGCGAAGACCUCGACACUUGGUUGAGGGCAGUGCCGGUCUAUGUCAAGUGUAACCUCACCUUGCAGCGCGAGGAAGUGCUUGUGCCUGCAUCUUACCUAGAGGGUAGUGCAACAAGAUGGUUGAGUGGUUUAGUACAACUACAGGGAUACGGCCAUGACUUUCAAGCUUGGGCGGUCACCCAGAAAAUUGAUGACUUCCUCAAGUUGGUGGAAGAAAGGUGGCAUGAUCCCCAGGAGGCCCAAAAGGCCACAAAAGCGAUCCUGGCACUGCACACGAGGCAGUUCAAGUCAGUGAGGGAGGCCACCGACGUCGUAGAGCGUCUGAUUUGUGUCCCUGGGGUGCGCUAUGACCCCCAGGUUUUACUCACCUCCUACCUGAGAUGCUUUCCUACGCCUCUCAGGAAUCAGUUGGCAGGUGAGGCCAACAUCAAUGUUCACAACUUCCCCUCGUUUAGCAAGAAGGCCCUAGACCUUGAGGCGAAGAUAGCGCAUGGGCAGGCACCCACUACGGAUGGUAGGAGAAAGUCACUGCCUCCCAACUGGAAGGCGAAGGGUCGCAUUAUGUUUGUCGAUAAUGAUGGUUCAACCAUCGAGUUAGACGACAACUUCCAGGAGGGAGUAGGUUCAGAGGCUGGCAGCGUUGAAGCUUCAGGGGGUGGAGUUGUCGCUGUCGUAGCUCAAAAAGGGGCGCUGAUUACUGAGUUCAGUCUUACGGAUGAUGUUACUCGCUCUUUGGUGGAAGCCUAUCGUGAGGACCAGUUCAUGUCUGAGAUCAUACGCAGACUUGAGGCGAAGGAUGUGAAGACUUCUGCCGAGUUUGAGUUGGUCAACGGCUUGCUGUUCCUUGAGAAGGCCAGGAAUAACCGAUUGUGUGUCCCAAAUAGAGAGUCUUUGCGUAGUUUAUUCUUAGGAGAGUGUCAUGAUGCCACCGGCCACUUUGGCUAUAAAAAGACGGCAGCCAAUCUGCUGAAGCGGUUUUGGUGGCCCACGAUGAUGCGAGAUGCCCAGCUGUACGUGGAGACUUGUCAGGUCUGUCAGAGAGACAAGCCACAUACUCAGGCUCCUCUUGGGCUCCUGAAGCCCCUUCAGAUUCCGGAAAGACCUGGUGAGAGCCUGUCCAUGGACUUCAUGGAUACGUUGGUCACCAGCAAGAGCGGGAUGAGACAUAUCUUUGUCAUCGUGGACAGAUUUAGUAAGUAUGCUAGGUUGAUAGCCAUGCCGGAAACAGCAAAAACCGAGUACGUUAUCAGACUGUUCAAAGAGAACUGGGUAAGAGACUUUGGUCUACCCAAGUCAAUUGUGAGUGACAGGGAUGUCAGAUUUACAAAUCACGGUCGCUCCAACAGUCCUGAUGAUGUGGAGAAAGUCACAAAAAAUGACAAAACCAGUGUUGCGCCCCCUAUGGUCAGCAGUUCUCAGGCCACCGUCAUGCCUAUGAUAGGGCUCAUGGGUGCCUACAGGUCUUCUGCAACAUUGCCAGCAUUGAAUAAAGAGCACUGCUGGCCCAGUUAUGUGGGGCCAGGGAAGAGGGGUCUUGUUGUCAUCAUCGUCGUCAUUGUCAUCAUCAUGAUCAUCGUCGUCAUCGUCAUCGUCGUCGUCAUCGUCAUCGUCUCAUCAUCAUCAUCAUCAUCGUCAUCGUCAUCGUCAUCGUCAUCGUCAUCAUCAUCAUCGAAUAUUAACACUGAGAAGGGAGAGGCUUCUGAUGUGAAGCCUCAGAUCCCGCCUGACCCUCUAGAGGUUGAACUGCGGGCCCAGGAGGAGAAACUCCGCCAGCAGGCCAAAGCAGUUGAAACUCUAAAGGCUGAGCUGCAGAAAAAAGAAGAGGCAUCUCAGAAGGAGGCCAGGAGGAAACUACUUACUACAGAUGUGGAGAAGGUCAGGGUAGUGGACAGCUUCUCAGAUCUUAUGGAGGAGCCUACUGGACUUGUCCAUAGGCAAACCAAACAUAAGAUUGAGAUCCUGUUUGGUUCGGACCCUCCCAAGGGCCGAGUCUACAGGAUGUCUCCUGCUGAACUUGAAGAGCUCAAGAAACAGUUAGAGACCCUGACCAGCAAGGGAUGGAUCAGGCCCAGCACAUCUGAGUUUGGGGCACUAGUCCUCUUUGUUCCAAAGGGGAAUAGUGAGUUCAGGAUCAGAGGUGAGGAGCGUCUGUGCAUUCCCCAGGACCGCAAGCUGAGGACACUUCUGAUGUCAGAGUGUCAUGAUGCUCGUGGUCACUUUGGGGCCCUUAAAUCUUAUGCAGCCCUGUCGCAGCGAUUCUUCUGGAAGGAGAUGAGGAGUGACAUGUUGCACUAUGUGGAAACCUGUGAGUUAUGCCAAUGGAACAAGGUUGUACGUCGACCUCCUCUUGGCCUACUCAAACCCCUACCUAUCCCUGAUGCACCUGCACAGUCAGUGUCUAUUGAUUUUACUGACUUGGGUAGGACUACACCUCGUGGUAUGCGUCAGGUCAUGGUAUGUGUGGAUCGGUUCUCCAAAUAUGCAGAGUUCAUCCCCUUACCAGCUGAGGCUCGUGUGCCAGCCGUUCACGCGACAUUUGCUGACAGGUGGGUUACACAUCAUGGACCGCCCACCUCUAUCGUCAGUGACAGAGAUCCCCGAUUCUGCAGCAAUGAAUGGCAAUCCUACUGCAGGGAUUACCUUCAUUCACGCCUGGAUAUGACAUCUAGUCGUCAUCCUGAAGCCAAUGGUCAGGCUGAAGUGAUGAACCAGAUUCUCUUCCAGCUGCUGCGUCCUGUGAUCAGUCCAGAUCAGCAGGACUGGGAUCUCCAUUUGGGCCGUGCACAGCUUGUGUAUAACACGUCUGUACACUCCUCUACUAGUUUCACACCCUACCGGUUACACUGGGGUCGUGAACCACGGCAGCCUCUCGAUGAUAUCAUCGACAAGGCUACCCCUACGCUGACACCUGGAACUGCAGAGUUCACCAGGCGUUACCGUGUGGACAUAGAGCGCGCCUGUGCUAACCUGUUGAAAGCCCAGAAGGCUAUGAUUCAGCAGGCUAAUAAGCACAGGCGUCCUUCUACUAUUCGCACAGUCGACUGGGUGUGGGUACUCAGUUCUGAGCUCUCGCGAGAGGAGGACAUUUCGCCUAAGUUGUUGCCACGAUACAUGGGUCCAUGGCAGGUCUUAGAUACAGUGGGAGCUGAUCCAUUUGGACCAUCCUAUUCAGUGAAUGUCCCUCUGCAUCUACAAACCUACCCUGUCUUUCAUGCAUCUAAGUUGUUGCCAUUUACUCCAGCUGAUGCAUUUCCAGACAGGCCCCCACAGUUCGGUCCCCCUAUCCCUGGCAAAGGGUAUGAGGUCGAAUCUGUGGAGGAUGAGUAAGGUACAGAUAGAGGGCAAGGCUGUCAAGUGAGUUGAUUCCAUCAUGAUGCAGGGGUGUGUAGGAAUUUCCUUAGCUGCCAAGAGCUAGGGUCACAACAUUGACGAUGGCCCACCUGACAGACAGUUAACUCCCCUCUCUUGUGAGAGGGCAAUCAAUGCUGUGCGGCGUG